AUGACCUCCAAUCGGGAAAAUCUACACAACGUGUGCAGGCACUACCUCCGAGGGAACUGCAUGUACGGAAGCAGGUGUCGCUAUGAACAUAUCCCGGCUGGUCGAGGGCACGCCAACAAACCCAAGAACAGCCGAAAAGGUCAGAGCCGACAUCGCACCAAUGACGGGCACCGAGAGCCGAGCCACACGUCGCUCGCAGCGUCCUCUUCGGGCAGCUCGGCGGAAGGCCAGGGAUCCGGACUGCCUUCAUCGAGGGUGACACAGAAGAACGGUGGGGUCUCCCCCUACUCGGACACCGAUGCCGGGCCGCGAAAGCUCGAUACGCAUAAGGCGCCAUUGAACUGGGUCGACGCGCCUGAAUUCGUACCCAAAAGCGAAAGCGGCGUGCAAACGUCAGCGGAAUCCCACGCACGCCAUCACGAGGAGGCUCCGCAACAGACGCAGGAUGUUAUAGGAGGCGCACUGAAGCCGCUCUGCCCUUUCAGAGCGACCAGCGAAGGUUGCCUCCUAGGCAAACGGUGCUUGAAGGCGCACCCCGAGCAGUGCGACCUGUGUCAGAAGUGGUGUCUUCAUCCUGACGACCAAGAGCAGCGGAGGCAGCACAAAGAGGAGUGUGUCCAGAAGCACGAGGAAGACAUGGAACUCUCUUUCGCCGUGCAGCGCAGCGCGGACAAAAGCUGCGGCAUCUGCAUGGACGUGGUCAUCGACAAGGAACCUAGCUCAGAGCGACGGUUCGGCAUCCUGGAGAAGUGCUGCCACGUCUUCUGCCUCAGCUGCAUCCGGAAAUGGCGAGGCUCCAAAGAGUUCGACAGUACGACCGUACGCUCUUGCCCAGAGUGCCGCACUCAGUCGGACUUUGUCACUCCGAGCAGCUUCUGGGUGGAAGUGGGACCCGAAAAGGACAAGCUCAUAGCAGAGUACAAGAAGGCCAUGAGCGUCAAGCCGUGCAGGUAUUUUCAAGAGGGCCGAGGCAUCUGCCCCUUCGGGAGGGCCUGCUUCUACCAGCACUUGUACCCGGACAGACGCGAGGCGGUGCUGCCCCCGCCCCGGCGCAGGAGGAGGGAGAACAGGGCAUCCGAUAUCCAGACGCUCCACGGCAUGUACCUUUGGGAUUUCCUCGACCUCGGCGACCACCUUCUGUUCCCGACGUUCAACCAAAUGCUUCCCACCGUCCCGGACACCGACGACGAGGAAAUCGAAUGGAACAGCCUUCUCGAGCGCUACGCCGCCUUCUGA